UACAGGCACCACUGCCAUGGACAGCCUGUUGUGGGCUACCUGGGUCCUCUGCUUGCCGAACCUGUGGGGAGUUGCACUGGGUCACCUCCACCUAGAAUGUGACUUCAUCACUCAGCUGAGAGACGAUGAGCUUGCAUGCCUACAGGCGACAGAGGGGACCAACAGCUCGUCCCUGGGAUGCCCUGGGACCUGGGAUGGGCUGCUGUGUUGGCCCCCAACAGGUUCUGGCCAGUGGGUCUCCCUCCCCUGCCCUGAAUUCUUCUCUCAUUUUGGCUCAGACCCAGGGGCUGUGAAGAGGGACUGCACCAUCACGGGCUGGUCUGAUCCCUUCCCACCAUACCCCGUGGCCUGUCCUGUGCCCUUGGAACUGCUAACAGAGGAGAAGUCUUACUUCUCCACGGUGAAGAUCAUCUACACCACAGGCCACAGCAUCUCCAUUGUAGCCCUCUGCGUGGCUAUUGCCAUCCUGGUUGCUCUCAGGAGGCUCCACUGCCCCAGGAACUACAUCCACACGCAGCUGUUUGCUACUUUCAUCCUCAAGGCCAGUGCUGUGUUCCUGAAGGAUGCUGCUGUCUUCCAGGGCGAUAGCACAGACCACUGCAGCAUGUCCACUAUCCUGUGCAAGGUCUCUGUGGCCAUCUCACAUUUUGCCACCAUGACCAACUUCAGCUGGCUGCUGGCAGAAGCCGUCUACCUGAGCUGUCUGUUGGCCUCCACAUCUCCUAGGUCCAAACCAGCUUUCUGGUGGCUGGUUCUCGCUGGCUGGGGACUCCCUGUGCUAUGCACUGGUACGUGGGUGGGCUGCAAACUGGCUUUUGAGGACACUGCGUGCUGGGACCUAGACGACAGCUCCCCCUACUGGUGGAUCAUCAAAGGGCCCAUAGUCCUCUCUGUUGGGGUGAACUUUGGGCUGUUUCUCAAUAUAAUUUGCAUCCUGCUGAGGAAGCUGGGGCCUGCACAAGGCGGCCUACAUACACGGGCUCAGUACUGGCGGCUUUCCAAAUCAACACUUCUCCUCAUCCCGCUGUUUGGAAUUCAUUACAUCAUCUUCAACUUCCUGCCUGACAGUGCUGGCCUUGGUAUUCGUCUACCCCUGGAGCUGGGACUGGGGUCCUUCCAGGGUUUUGUUGUUGCUGUCCUCUACUGCUUCCUCAAUCAAGAGGUGAGGACGGAGAUUUCACGCAAAUGGUAUGGCCAUGACCCUGAACUUCUGCCAGCUCGGAGGACCUGCACUGAGUGGACCACACCUCCCCGAUCGAGAGUGAAGGUGCUCACCUCUGAGUGCUAGGCCAGCCAUCACAAAGGCCGAGCCCCAAAACCCUGCACUCAAACUGCCAUGCCACCAAGGGCAACAAGGUCCUCCCUUCCGUUCUCGUUCUCUGCAUCUGCUUUCUCUAGGUCCCUGUAUAUCAACCUCCGACUAUCUCAGUUCCUGUCUGCCCCCAUCUGUUCUUUCUUCCCAUCUAAGGCUAUUGCCCAAGGCCCAGGGAAACCAAUAAACUUGUACAUGAGUGAUCUGCAGUUGAGUCAAUGUGGCUCUGAAGGGGAGCUCUUGUCAGCAGCCAUUAUUUGCACUUCCGGUGCAUUCCUCAUCCCUUGGCUGCAGCUGCCUCAUUGCCAUUUGUCUCUAUAUGAAUUCUCAUGUUUUAUUUAUUUUUUAAAAGCACUCUUUUGUCUCAACCCCCACUCCCCUUCCCCUCCUCCCACAGGCAAAGAUGUGAAUCUUUGCUUCUCUGUCUUGCAAGCGUGGAGUGAGCCACAUGUCUGUAUUUGGAUGUAAAUAAAUGCUAUCUGUUAUGUG